AUGGCUGUCAGCAUGUCUGAAGACGACGUUGCUUACACUGCCCUCCUCCGACAACUCUUGUCAGAUACCUCUAGCACACGCAAUGCUCGUGUGCACUCUUGGAUAGAGCACCAGUAUGAUUUUGCUCUCUCAGAGGCAGACACCACCGUCAACAAAGAUCGUGACGAUGUCUCUCUCGGCUGCUCCAGGGCUCCUUCGCCUUCACCGUCUUCCUCGUUGGGAGCUCACCGUACGUUUUAUUCUGACAGACCCGACUCACCCCUCCUACCGCGGUCAUCGGCCGAAUGUUCCUCACAAGGACCAGAGUCUUGUCCAUCUUACGAUGCGCUAUUUUUCCCAGUUUCAUCUUCUCCUCAGACUCAUGCUGAGGAUGAGGUGAGGGAUGAGCGCGAACGUGAGCGCGCACUUCGUUUCCUCGUGCAGGAAAUGUCCCACUGGAAAAUGCAGUCCAGUCCUACCACUCCCCGCAAGAACGUGGAUAAGCCUUUACCGUGUCCUCCGCCACCUUCUCCGGCGACAUCUACCACACAGUCCACUUCCUCACGUGUCAUGCGUUCACGUUCAUCAUCGACGCGCAUUUCACGGCUGCCUUCGUUCACAAGUACGUUGGAAUCUGAUCAGAGCCAACCACAAGAUAUAUUCACACCGCCAUUGCCCGUCUCUGUCAUUGUCCACGGAGAAGCUCAACACGAACUUAUUCCUGACCUAAGGUCUUCCGAUUCAUUCUUCCUCCGACGCAUGGAUUCUUUCAAGAUGAACGAGCAGGAUGAACAAGAGCUUUCUCUCCUUUCGCCAAUCCAUGAUGAUCGCGACUCAGGAUACCCGUCACCUACGCUCUCCAACUUCUCGUACGCACCGUCUCGCGAAACUGCGCUUACCAGCCCCUACGCCAGUUUGCCUACAUCACCCGCAAGCGCGACCUUUGCUCCUUGUCUACCGGAAAAUAUCGCACUGCCAGCAUCCCCUGAUGCUAAUGCUGAGCGCUUCCCGGAGGAGUCUCUUUCCUCCGAGGAUCGCGGUGGGGAUUCAUCUCCGAAAUCUCCAUCCGACACGGCAUUUCCCGUAUCGGCAUCGACAACUGUCUUUCCAUUGUCUUCUUCAUCUACCGUAUUCCCCGUAUCGCCGAGUACCACUAUAUUUCCCGCUUCUGCGCCUGACUUUACAUUAUCUACGUCACCUUCUCUCACCGUUGAUCCCGCCACCCCUUCAUCGUCGCACUUCCCUCUUGAGUCCAAGGAUUGUGUAAAUGAUUUUACCGCACAAUCUCAGCGGUUACGUGCUUCCACUAACAGCUCGGGGGACCUCCAAAGUCGAUGGUCAGUUGCAACCACAGCAUCACUAACUCCGUCUCCUUCCGAUCCAGCGCCAUCGGGGACAUUCUUGAGAUCCAGGACUCCUUCGCGGGGGAAAAAGGACAAGGAGGUGUCAAAGGAGGUGAAAACUCCGAGAAAGCGUACCCGCCUCAUCAGCUUCAUCUCGAAGCUUUCCCCGGGUCGUUCAGAAAGUAAUGCUACUUCUACCACUGGGUCGCCCUCGGCCGAUUAUGACUUUGCCAAUGAGUCGGAUACGGAUGAGAGAGUCUACAAACCUUCAAAGACGCUUGGCAAGAAGUCCUCCCUAGCUAGUUUGCGAGCAUCAUUCUCUUUGUCUCGUGCCUCUUUCGCAUCUCAGCGUCCACCAGUGUCGUCCGUGGCGGAGAUACCUCCGUUGCCAAUGUCACCUACGCGUACGUCAUUCGGCGCGUCACGCAUGUCGUUCGCAACCGAUGGUGUGAUGGGUAGCGGGGAGCCAGUGCCACCGGUACCGACCAUCUCCUUAUCGAGGAUUCCUUCCCGCGCCACCCUGCUCGACGAUACCUUGCCGCCCAUUCCCCAGUCUGCUUCAACUGUUACAUCCUUCCGAAGUGUGUCUCAGGCUUCUCUGCAAACUCAUACCCCUCCUUCGGCUUCAGCAUCACAGCUCUCGUUGCUUCCGUCGCCGAGUGCAAGUCACAGCGCAUCAAGGUUGUCUCUUCUGUUGGCGUCCAGUUCUUCCAGGAACUCGCUGGUGUCGUCUGCCGCAUUGGAACCACCCAUCUCUAUCCAUCCCAUGCCGAGUUCAACACCAAGUAGGGCCAAGUCGAUCUUCAAACUGUCUUCACGACCGAAAACACCCAAGGUUCGAGCCGUUGCAACUCCUUCAAAACUUCCUCUUCCCCGGAUGGGAGCUGUCUCAUCUUCCAGUAUCCCUAAUGGGGCAAGUCUAACUGCGUCGAAGAUUCCACCACCACCAACAAAGUUCACGCCCCCUUCAAAAUUAGCAUCAAUGCUUGCUUCGCAGGCUUCAUCGCGGCUUCCUCAUCCGAUAUCUCCUAACUCACCACCAACAUCCAAACUUCCACCCCCGCCAUCGAAGAUGAUCACUCCACCCCCAAAAAUCAUCGUGCCGACUCGGAUGCAAAUUCUCCCACAAGCGAGCCCUUCGGUUAUAGAACCGAAGUCGCCUAUGUCAAUCGACGAACCGAUUGCACUGGUUUCGAAACUUCCAUUGCCUUCGAUCUCGUCGAAGGCGUCCCGCACUAGUACCGUGAGGGGCUUUUGGCGUAGGGCGCAAUAG